CUGAACUUGUUAAAUAUGUGAGAUUUUUCAACAAAUUUUUUUAUUUCCCCCUUGUUUCAUUUUUUCUUGAACAUAUGUGAUUGUGUCCUUGGCAACGCGAAUUUGAAGAAAAAAAACACGUUUUUCAGCAAACUUCUAUGUUUCCUCGAUUUUUAUGAAUGCGUUUUUGGCACCAAAUUGUGUGCUUUUUUAUUUUAUAUUAUGGAUUUAGAAGGUUUUUUGGUUUGAUUAGGAAUUCGACGAGAAGAUUGAGUGUUGAAGAAAGACUUUUUCCAAGGUAAGAUCUUUUGAUUAAGCGCGAAUUUAAUAAUAAAAACUUUAAUGUAAAUUUGUAGUCUGAAAAGAAAUCCCCAAAUUUAUUCAAAAAAUAAUAUAUCUUGAAAGCACAAGAUCUGGAAAAUUAUCAUUCUGAUUCUGAAGACCUCGAAGAAAAUUCGAAAAUAUAUAAUCGAGCCAGCCAGAUUCCUCAAUUUUGACUGAAACAACUUCUGGUUCUUCUGUUGUAUUAUUUUCUGAUGAUGGAAUAUAAUGACAUAUAAUUGAACUAAUUAUGAAAAAUAUUAGGACGACCAAAAAUGUUGAAAAAUACAUUUAUAAUUUUUUGAUGGCAACAAAAAAAAAUUUAUGUGAUUGAAAAAAAUUAUGUGAAAUUAGAAAAAUGUCAAGAGAAUAUCACAUAUUGAAAUUAAAUCAUUCUGCAGAAUUUUAUGCCAAAAUGUUGAAAUUUCGGAAUUUAUGUUUCUAACAAUCUGCAAAAAUUAGUAACUUAAUCAUUUUGCAAAUAAAAAAGAAAACAUACGAAAACAUCCAAGAUUACUGUAGCAUUUUUUUGGAAAAUAGUUUCAUGAAUAUUUUUUCUAGAAGAUAAAAAUCUCAAUGAUUACUGUAGGUUCAACCUUUUGUAGACUUUUUCUAGUACAAAAAACCGACAAAAAAUCUCAACAAGGAUUACUGUACAUAUUUUUCAGAAACCUGAUUCACAGUGAAAAAUUGAGCACAGAAUUUCGUGUCAAGAUCGCCGAAAAUAUUCUAUCAAAUUUCGAACCUCUCAACUUCCAAAUUCUGCCAGAUGUCGAAAUUCGAGUAGUUGCAUCAGAUCGAGGUGGAAGUUAUCUUCUUCAAACUGUUGCUUUUCUUAUUGAACAACAAAUUCCGGGGAAUUUCAAUUUAUCGAUUUGUAAUGUUGAAAAUCGAAAAUUUAAAGAGAUUGAGAGAUUUGAAAAUAUUUCAAUGACAAUUUAUCAAGCAAAUAGUGGACUCGAAAAAUCGAGCGAAUUGAAUACAACUUUAUUCAAAGAAAAUCAAGAUUAUUGGAAAUGUUUAGGAUUUCCAACAACUUCUAGAUAUAUUUUAUUGAUUGAAGAUGAUUCAUUAAUUAUUUCGGAAUUUUCGAAUCUUCUAAAAUCCUUGGUUUAUCGUCUCGAUUUAUCUGAUCAUGUCGAUUUUGUCAAAAUGUAUCAUCCUAGUAAACUCCGAAAACUUCCAGCUUGGUUUUUUGUAAGUUUAUUGCUUUAAAAUGAUUUUUUUUUGAAUGAGAGAAAAAUAUUUUCAGUAUAUAUCUAGUGCAUUUAUAAUUUCAUGUUCAACUUGCCUUUUUAUCAACUGGUCAUUUCCUUCAUUUACUGUUAUUUUGUUAACUCUUCUUUUAUCUCAUAAUUUGACGGGUUACGGUAGUCAAUUCCCAGCCGAGUUUCGAUAUCGAUUAACGGGUUCAGCUUAUUUCUCAUUUCCGGAAUCUUGUUGUACACCGGCUGUUAUAUUUAGAACAAGUUCACAACCAGAAAUGGUGAAAUAUUUUGGAGAAACAAAUGCGUAUGGAGGUGAGCUAUUCUUUUCUGAAAAACUUUCUGAUUUUUUGUUCCCGUGCACUGCCUCCCCAAAUCUACGUGUGUGUGGAAAAACGAAAAAUGUCUGGCACGCUCUCACAAACACACACUCUCUCGCACACAACUUUUUACUUUUAUUUCGCGAAAACAGUGCAUAUUAGGAGCUGAUUUUUAUGUGUUUUUCAUCAGAAUCACAAUAAGUGUUAUACAUAGUUCGAAAGAGAAUUUCUUCAGCUACAAACACAUAUGAAGUGUUAUAUAUGAAACCGAGGUAAAAAAAUAAAAAUUUCAUGCAAACAUGACAUGGUUUUUUUGAAGUCUGUGAAAAACGCAUGUGUUUUUUGAUGACCUGGCUUAUUUUUUGAAUAUCGAAUAUAUGUAUAAUCAAGUCGUAGUUUUGUUUAGAAUCUCAAGGGCUUUCAGAUGAUGUAAAUCAAUAUUUAUGAAAUUGUGAAAUCAUGGAGGAGUAGGGAUUUUUCGUUUGUCAAUUUUUAAAACGAAAUUUUCAUUUUCAUUUGAAAGGAACUCAAAUGAAGUUUACAUACGUUUUGUAGAGAAUUUCUCGGGCUUCAAAAUCAUAUAUAUUUCUAUACACAAAAAUGAAAAUUGAAAGCACCGCUUUCGGUUGAAAACUCACCGCUGUUUUUCGCAACGCUACUAAACGCGAUUUGUUUGUUUGGUGCAAACCCAACAAGUUUUCAACCGAAAGCGGUGCUUUCAAUUUUCAUUUUUGUGUAUAGAAAUAUAUAUGAUUUUGAAGCCCGAGAAAUUCUCUACAAAACGUAUGUAAACUUCAUUUGAGUUCCUUUCAAAUGAAAAUGAAAAUUUCGUUUUAAAAAUUGACAAACGAAAAAUCCCUACUCCUCCAUGAUUUCACAAUUUCAUAAAUAUUGAUUUACAUCAUCUGAAAGCCCUUGAGAUUCUGAACAAAACUACGACUUGAUUAUACAUAUAUUCGAUAUUCAAAAAAUAAGCCAGGUCAUCAAAAAACACAUGCGUUUUUCACAGACUUCAAAAAAACCAUGUCAUGUUUGCAUGAAAUUUUUAUUUUUUUACCUCGGUUUCAUAUAUAACACUUCAUAUGUGUUUGUAGCUGAAGAAAUUCUCUUUCGAACUAUGUAUAACACUUAUUGUGAUUCUGAUGAAAAACACAUAAAAAUCAGCUCCUAAUAUGCACUGUUUUCGCGAAAUAAAAGUAAAAAGUUGUGUGCGAGAGAGUGUGUGUUUGUGAGAGCGUGCCAGACAUUUUUCGUUUUUCCACACACACGUAGAUUUGGGGAGGCAGUGCCGUGGAAAAAUCCAAAAAAAAUGCAGUUUUCAUAUGGAAAUUAAUCAUGGGAAAACUUUCGAAUGUUUUUCUCCUGAAAAAAAAAAGAAAAAUGUAUCUGAAAUACAUUCGCGACUACGGUAGUUGAGUCAGAAACAAUUAUUGCAUAAAUAAGAAGUUUGAUCGGUCAGCUCUGGAUUUAAAAAAAUCCUUGUAAAAUAUUUCAACAAAAAAUAAUCCCCCUCACGAGUUCCGGUGUCCGGUUGCAUGAUUUCAUCUUUUGUGUGAUAAGCACACGUGUUACUUUUGUUGAAAAAUUGUGAAAAUUCCUGACAACUUUCACAUUUUUUGCGAAAAAAACACAUUUUUGAGGUGAUGGUUUUUGGUUUUUCCUAUGAACCAAAAAUUACCGAAUCGUGUGAAAUAAGUGUAUAGAAAGUUCCCACAAUUUUUUUCCCUUAUACAAAAAAUUGUUUGUUUCAGGCCACGCAAAAGAUCACAUCUUGGAUGAAUCGCCUUUUAUUGGUCGACAAUCGGAUUUGAAUUAUGUAACACAUAUUGGAGCAAUGAGUUCAAUUCGACAUCGACCUGUCAUUUUAUCGGAAUUGUUUGAAAAUUGA